CUCAAAGAUAUUGAUUGCAUGGUGAUUGAUGUAAUUGAUCAAACAAACAGAAGUGAAAUUGAAAGCAAACAGAACGACCAUAAAAUGUGUGGUGGAGCGCCAUCUUCUACUCUUAUGUUUACUUCUAAAACUUUGAAAAUACAGAGCGUAGCUCGUCAUUCUUUUUAAAUAAUACUCAAUCAUUGCUACUUGAUAUUUAUAAUGGAAGUGCUAAUUUGUAUUUAUAGACUUUAAAGAACCAAAUCUAAAAUGUCUAGUCGCCCAAACUCUAGUCGAAAUCAUCCGAAAAGUAUGUACAGUUCUUUACCAAGCGCAAGUAAAAUUUAUGUGAGUACUACAAAACCAAAACAGAAAAAUAUUCAUAGUGCUAAAAGAAAACGUAAAAAAAGUGAACAUGAGAAUAGUAUCGUUGAGAGUAUUGCUAGUGAUGAAACUUUGAUUUCUUUAACAACUCCAAUAAUAUCAUCUUCUCAAUUAGGUUUGAAAGCCAUAGAUUCACCUCAAAAUAUUACAAACAAGUUUAGUAAUUCUUUGUCAAAGGAGGAAUGGGUUGAAAAAAUUGCCCAAUUUGAUGAAAGUGACAGUGAUUCUUACACCCAUGACGAUAAAGUAAGAGUUGUAAACACUUAUUUUGACGUUUGCAUUGAAAGCGACGAAGAUCAUGGAGCACCUUUUCACGAACCUAAGGAAUUAUCCAAAAAGUCCAAUGAUGAUAAUAAAAUUGAUGAUCCAAUUGAUGAUGAAAGUACACAAAUAAACACUCCAAGUCUCACACACAAAUCUGAUCCUGAAAACUAUUUAAUAACUGAGGAGUUGUCAAAAUCAGUUGAAAAUAUUGUGAUUGAAAAACCUGCAAUUGAAACAAAUGUUAAAAACAUACUGAAUGAUUCUAACUCUGCAUGCCUUAUACAAACAGUAAAUGAUAAUGGUCAAAAAUCAAUUUCAAAGGAAUCAAACUCAAUAAUUUUAAAUAAUAAAUGCUCCGAAGAGGACGGUCUUACUGUGAGGGAUGAUGUGUUGGAAAGAAAUGGGUCUCAAAUUGAUCCUAACAUCUCUCAAAUAUCAGAUUGUAAAAAUGUUAAUUCUGAUUCUUGUAAUAAUUUAAAAAAAGAAAAAAGUUUAAUUGUUGAAAAUGACGAAAAAAAAUCGCAUUCACACGAUGAGAAGCCAGAGAAUAUUGUUGAGUUAGAUGAAAAACUUAUUGAUCCACAUAUUCCAAAAGUCCCAUAUAAAACUGAAAGUGCUAUGAAUGCAACAAUGACUUUUCCCAGUAACCUUGAUACUGAUGAAAUAAUGACGUGUAGUCUUGAUAGAGAUGAAACAAUGCUUCUGAAUGAAUGCCUGGAGCAAGAUAGUUGUACGGAGAGUGAACUUAUAGAUUUAAAUAAUAUAUCAGAUCAUUGUAGUAAUGAUGAAACUAAAGGAGAAUCAAAGGAUAAAUAUUUAGAAUCAAAUACUAUAAUUGAAUUAUUUCCUAUGAAGCGUUCCAUUUCUUUACCGGAAGGCUUACAGGCACUGAGAGAACAUUUUCAUGCAGGCUCUAAUAUUACUUCAGAUAAAGCAACUAUUACGUCUGAUUUAUUUACAGUAGAUAGUGUUAAACCUAUGAAGUGCCUUAAAGAAGAUCAUACAUUUAGAGGUAGUAGCACCGUCGCAUCUGGAGAAGAUGUGCCAAUAGUUGAUAUUUUGCCCACUUUAACAAUGUUAAAAGCUAAGAUGAGAAGUUACGUAUUUGGAUGUAAAGGAUUAGAUGGUGCACUUUUAGGUAGUGAAGAACUCUCUCGAUUUUUCCCUAACUAUAAAAUCGCUGUUUUUGUUGGAACGUGGAAUAUGAAUGGUCAAGAUCCACCCAAAAAUAUUGAUGAUUUUUUGUUGCCUCACGAUUCAGAGACUUUACCUGAUAUUUAUGCUAUUGGAGUUCAAGAAAGCAUGCAAUCAAAAUCUGAAUGGGAGCUUUUGCUCCAAACUACUCUUGGUCCAUCCCAUGUUCUAUUUGCUUCCACGUCAUUGGGAGUGUUGCAUUUAGCAAUAUUCCUUAGAAGGGAUCUCAUUUGGUUUUGUUCAGAACCUGAAGAUGCAAAUAUUGCUACUAGAGUUGGUUCAAUGGUGAAGACCAAGGGAGCUGUUGCGAUAUGCUUUAUGCUAUUUGGAACCUCUUUUCUGUUUGUUAAUUCACACUUAACUGCUCAUGAGCAGAAUUUAGUUGACAGAAUAUCUGAUUAUGAGAAAAUAUGUGCUGGACUUGAUCUUCCUAAGAACAUUCCUUCCAAAAUCAGCCAUCAAAACAAAAAUGUGACAUCACGAUUUGAUUGUGUCUUUUGGUGCGGUGAUCUGAAUUUCAGAAUAAUGUGGAAUAGGCUUGCAGUUUUGCGUUUCAUGAAAGAGAGAGACCACUCCAAUAAUGAAUCCUGCAGUACGUUAUUGAAGCAUGAUCAACUCCAAAAAGCAAUCAAGGAAGGAGCAGCUUUUCAUGGGUUUCAGGAAGGUUUCAUUAAUUUUGAUCCAUCUUUCAAAUUUGAUGUUGGCACAAAUGCUUUUGAUUCCACAAAACAGAGAGUACCAUCAUAUACCGAUCGAGUAUUGUAUCGGUUUAAAGAGUCCUCUUGCAUUUCUUGCCUUCAUUAUAAUUCUGUGCCAGAAUUGGUAUCAUCUGAUCAUAAACCUGUCUAUGGAAUUUUUAAUGUUACUCUCAAGCCAGGAAGGGAUGACGUACCGUUAGCUGCUGGUAUAUUUAAAAGAGAUGUUUAUUUAGAAGCUCUCAAAAGAAGAGCUAACUUUCUUGAAGUGAGCAGAGAUCAUAAACAAAGUGCGGUGUGUAGCAUGAUGUGAAAGAUGAUAUGGCGUAGCAUUUUUCAUAUAUUCCGUCCAUUGAAAAUCAGAGAAAUAUUUUAAUCACUUAUUUUAGUUAAGAGUAUAGUUUUAUAUGCAGUCUUACAUGGAAAUCUGUGUGUUUAAAGAUUAUCCUAGCUGGCUCUAGGGCAUAAAGUGUAUUUAAAGAUUAUCUAUUAAAAAAAAACUAUUUUUUAAGGAUAUCUAUGGAAUUUUUGGACAUAAUGAAGGUGAAUAGAAGAUUUUCUACUUAAUAUAAUAUAAUACAUUUAUGUGAUGUCUUAUGAAAAUUGAAGACAUUUUAUUAACCGCUUCCCUGAUUAGAACCGUUAACCGUUUCCCUGAGUUAACUCAGGUAUGAACAUAUUGCAAAUAUUUAUUGUCCCAAGAAAACUCAGGCGUAGCAGAAUUUGUCAGUUUGUUUUGUUUUAUCACGUUUUUACUCGGCUGGAAGCAAACAAAACAUUAUCUGCUGUGUUUGGAAGUUUGCCAAGUUUGGUUUGGGAGUUUUUCUAUGGGAUUGUACACUUUGUGCGAUUGCAUAUACAAUGGUUACUGAAUUUACAUGGGAAAAAGAAUAAUGGCGUAUCAUUCCACUAUUGUUUGAAAAUUAUCACUUAGUGUUGUCCCUUGUUUUAAAAAUUAUCUUACAAAGACUAAUAUUUAGCUUUUUUAUUUGCCGGAGAUAACUCAGGAUAGUAAACUGAUUUUAAAUUAAAUAAUUUUUACGCUUAAAAAAAAUUAAACUUAAAACUUGUGUAUUAUGUUUUGCUUAAAUUCCCCGUAUUUAUUAAUAAAAUAAAAAAGCAUUAAUUUUUUGCUUUUUUUUUUUUCAAAACAAUUGGUAAGGGUUAGAAUUUUAUAUUUUAUUUGUAACUUAUUCAGGCACACUUAAAUUAGAGGAAUUGUUAUUUAAAUUCAUUUUUAUUUGUUUUUAAGUUAUGUGUUUUGUUCCCUUUCUUUGCCUAUGAAAAUAUUCACUGACGUUUCUGGUCAUUAUUAGUCAUGUUAUACAUUAUUAUUACUUUUCUAGUCAAGAUAAGCAUUUUUGUUUCAUGUAUUUAAUAAUUGAAAAAAUAAAGGUUAAAUGAUUAAUCCUAGAUUGUUUCGAUCUUUGGUAAGAAUUCAUUUUAUAGCAUGUUAUUUUAGGAAAUUGUAAAAAGUAUAUAGGUAUUUAUAAUUUUAUGGAAAUUGCUUUAAGUAUAUUCUUAUUUAUAUUUAAGUGUCCGCCAUCCUUCACAAAUAGUUCUUGUUCAUUUUAAAUUGCCAUUAAAAGAAUUAAAUCAGAUUGUAAAGCACUUUGUUUACUAAAUAGAAAAGAGAAAAUGGAGAUGUUUCGAGAAGACCAGAAAAAUUAGAAAUGCGACAGUCUUUGUAAUGUAUUCCACAAGGUAGACGAAAAAAUGACUUGGCAUUAAGGUCAAUUUAAAACUAUUAACAGGGAUAUUAGGCAUAAGUUGAAAUUAGAUAAAUUUCUUUGCUGAAAAUUGGGUGGGGUGGAUAAGCAUAACUGAGACCUUGUGCUCCUUUAAGGAAUGAAAAGAUUAAAUGACAUUGCAGUUUUGAACUGCUACUGUUUUUAUAUAAGAAUACAGAGUAUCUGACUUAAAAAACUCAUUUCUUUUACUUAUACAGCUUUGUAACAAGAUUUUGAUUUCUUCACUUAAAAUAAACAGCAUUUGGUUGAUUUUAUUGUCUGUAAGAUCUGAAAAUAUGAAAAAAAUUAGCAUAAUUUUAAAAUAAAAUAGAAUAAAUAUUCUUGUUUUAAAAUGUAAUAUCUUAGUUGCUACAUCACUUAACCCUGGCUCUACUACUUAGAAUAUAUAUACUACUUGUUUUAUAAUGAUAUUGAGUUUUUUUCAAUAAUCAUAAAAAAAAGUACUAAAUAGUAAAAAUACUAAAUACUUUUACAAUUUUAGUGAUCUAUGCCUUUUCUUAGUUCUAAAAGAGGUUCUUUCGGCAUUGAAUUGUGAUAAAAUGUAAAUACUGUACCAGCAAAAUCAGUUAUUAUUUUUAUUCUCAAUACUGAAAAGUGCAAAAUUAAAAUCAUAUAGUUUUUAUUAUCUAAUAUCUCUCAUUUCAAUUUUUUAUGAAUGUUUGUAUUCUAAUGGGGAUGUAUUUUUAAUAUACAGUUUUUUUCUUCCCUCCCUAAAAAUUGUGACUUUGACUUAACAGUAUAAAAGAAAUCAUACAGUUAAGAACCUUAGCAACAAUAUGUAUUUUUAACUACAUGACUUUUUUUAAGUAAAAUUUUUAUUGUCAAAUACUUAUACAAAAUAACAGAUAUAUGUAUGUUGUUUAAGACUAUGUGUGAUAUUAUACUUUGCUAUAUCCAGGUACCAUCUGUGAAUGCUUAUAUAUAUAUUGUGAAAAGAAAAACACUAGAAAUUUGCUCUUAUGAUAAAUAGACAUGUUUAUUAUCACACUUCAUUUAUAUUAUUCUUAUAUUUUGUACUGUAUUGUAUUUUCAGAAAUUUUUCUGCAAACCAUCCUUAAGCCAAAUGAUUUAUUAUUUUGUGAGAUAUUUUCAGAACUUUAUAUUUGUAGCUAUAAUUUUUAUUGUUUCGAUCUAUCAGUUCCCAUCUCAAUAAACCACUAUUUCUCACAAUCA